CAUUGUAAGCUCAAAAAACACAUUCAAAAACAGUUUGCUAAUCUAAGCUUUCUCUUGCAACCCAUUUUCAUCAAAUUGCUUUUUGAAAGUCUUUUACUUCUGAAUUCCCGCAUUUUGCCUUAUUUUCCAUCAGUUUCUUUCUUUGGUAGAUGUAAAUUAACAACUGACAUUUAUAUCCGAAGUACGUGGUUAUUUGCAUCAGGGAAAAAACAUACCCUUAUAUAACAGUGCUACUGUACUAGUGACAUUUUCUUCGCAGAUAGCAGUAAUUUGAGAGAUCGUAUUCGAAAUGGAGAGAGUUGCAAGGCUAGCUGGACAAAAGGCAGUGGUCAUAUUCAGUAAGAACUCGUGUUGUAUGAGUCAUUCAAUAAAGAGUCUUAUUAUUUCCGAACUAGGUGUUAAUGCAGCCGUUCAUGAACUUGAUGAAGACCCAAAGGGAAGAGAAAUGGAGAGAGCACUUAUAAAGAGAGGGUGUAACCCUGCCGUCCCUGCUGUGUUCAUCGGCGGUGAAUUGGUUGGUGGUGCUAGUGAAGUCAUGGCACUUCACCUUAAUGGCUCACUAACUCGUCUUCUUAAACGUGUUGGUGCCCUUUGGCUGUAAUCAGAAGCCUUCGGCAAAAAAACUUGCACUCAUGAUCUUAUGAUAUAUGUGCGUGAAUGGAGAAUUACUAGCUAUAUAUAAUAAGUUUUCGGCUAUGUAAAACAUCUAUAUUUAGUUAAAAAUGCAUGUGAUAAUCAUGUUUUAUGAGGAAUAAAGUUUAAGUUUAAAUUGCUAGUUA